UCGUCCGCCUCAUUUUUGAACGGCCUCCGCCCGCUGCUGCUCGUUUCGUUUGCGAGAAGAGCAGAACAUAUAGAGAGAGAGAGAGGGGAGAGGAGAACGCAACGAGGAAAUUAAGGAGGAUUUGGGAUUAACGAAGACAGAUAGAGAUCGAUCGGCUCGACAAAACAGAGAUCAAUGCCGACGACGUCGGGUUUGAAGGUGUCGGCGUCUGCUCCCGGAAUCCUGCCGCCUCCGGACCCGGGCGAGGAGCAGCAGGCGGCGGGGUUAGGGAUCCUGCUCCAGAUAUCAAUGCUGAUUCUUUCUUUCCUCGUCGGCCACCUCCUCCGUCGCCGCAAGUUUUACUACCUACCGGAGGCAAGCGUCUCCCUUCUCAUAGGUUUAAUUGUUGGAGGAAUUGCUAAUAUAUCAAAUAAACAGACAAAUAUUAGGGGAUGGUUCAAUUUCCAUGAGGAAUUUUUCUUUUUGUUCUUGCUGCCCCCUAUUAUAUUUCAGUCUGGAUUUAGCUUAGCACCGGAACCAUUCUUCUCAAACUUUGGAGCUAUCAUCACAUUGGCUAUUUUUGGAACCUUUAUUGCUUCUGUUGUAACAGGAGUUCUAGUGUACCUUGGUGGUGUAGCAUAUUUAAUGUAUCAACUGCCACUGGUUGAAUGUCUAAUGUUUGGUGCUCUAAUAUCAGCAACAGAUCCUGUCACAGUAUUAUCUAUAUUUCAGGAGCUUGGUACAGAUGUCAACCUAUAUGCUUUGGUCUUUGGUGAAUCUGUCCUUAAUGAUGCAAUGGCCAUCUCAUUAUACAGGACUAUGAGUAGCAAGUCCUCAGGGCAGAAUUUAAUUUUGGUCAUUCUGAAGUUUCUGGAGACUUUUUUUGGUUCUAUGUCUUCAGGGGUUGGAGUGGGUUUCAUCUCUGCUCUUCUCUUCAAGUAUGCAGGAUUGGAUAUUGAUAAUCUGCACAAUCUGGAAAGCUGUCUUUUUGCCCUUUUCCCUUACCUUUCGUAUAUGCUAGCUGAAGGGCUUGGCCUCUCUGGUAUAGUUUCAAUAUUGUUUACUGGAAUUGUGAUGAAGCGAUAUACAUUCUCAAAUUUGUCCAGAAUUUCUCAACAGCUUACUCCUUAUUUCUUUCAUUUACUUUCAUCACUAGCAGAAACUUUUCUAUUUAUAUACAUGGGUUUUGAUAUCACAAUGGAACAACAUAGCUGGUCGCAUGUUGGAUUCAUCUUCUUUUCUAUUCUAUUCAUUGGAGUUGCAAGGGCGGUACAUGUCUUCUCUUGUUCUUAUUUGAUCAACAUGGCACGGCCAGUAGAUUCUCAAAUACCUGUGAGACAUCAAAAGGCACUUUGGUAUAGUGGGCUUAGAGGGGCUAUGGCUUUUGCACUUGCCCUUCAAUCGGUACAUGAUCUUGAUGGACAUGGCGAGAUUAUUUCAACUGCUACUACAGCCAUAAUUGUUAUAACAGUGCUCCUAAUAGGAGGAUCAACAGGAAAGAUGCUUGAAUCGUUGAAAGUUGUUGGUGAUAGCCACAAUGGGUUGUGUGGAGAAGAUAACUUUGAGGCGAGCAAUAACUUCCUUGGAGAAUCAUAUGUCGAGGAAACCUCUCCUGGGCACAAUAUCAGGGUGAAACUCAAGGAGUUCCAAAGCUCUACCUCAUUCACUGCGUUGGAUAGGAAUUAUCUGACUCCUUUCUUCAAAUCUCAAAACGAGUCGGUCCUGAAACUUCAAUAUCAGCAUUCCAACUAUGUCAAUAAACCAUACAAAUUUUAUCUGGGGAAAACAGCAAUCGCCUUAUUCGAAACAUCAUGGAUAGGAGAACCUACAGUGGAGAUAUUUUUUAUUUUUAUUUUUAAUAAUCACAUGACUUUGAUAUACCUUUUAGCAAUUAAUUGUAUGCAUACUUCCACUACGCCUUAGAUUUUUUUUUUUUUCAGAAAGUGAUGCAUGGAGCAAUAGGUAGCAGAACAGAAUUCUUGCAGUGUAUUAUUAUUUUUUUUUUAAAAAAAAUCAAAUACCGUGACAAGUUUAUUUCA